ACAACAACGAGCGACAAUUUAUUGCAAUGGCAUCCUCGAUUCCGAAGAACUAUGUUGAAAUCAACUCCAAGAUUGAAGUGAAGCAGUGCGAGGUCCUGAACGCAACUUCACCAGCGGCGCUCAAGUCAAUUCUCGAGAACACCGGUACUCCACUCGAGUCAGACGUCGAUGAGCAGCUCCUGAUUCACAUUCCUUUCCAAAAUGCCGUCAAAGUACACACUAUCGUGCUCAAGACAGCGGCAGCACACAAGGACCGUGCGCCAAACUCCAUCAGAGUUUACGCCAAUUUGCCGCACACUCCAUCUUUCGACGACGUGGACAACAUCACCGCUGCGCACAUUGUCUCACCCGACGAUGUUGAAUAUGUGGAGGAGAAGGGCAAGGGGUUAAAGGCAACGGUGGGAUUGCGAUUCGUCAAGUUUCAGAAUGUGAACACCCUCACCAUGUUCGUUGAGGGUAAUGUUGGCGAUGAGGAGAGUACGCGAUUGGACGGUCUGACUAUCAUCGGUGACGCUGGAGAGACGACCGAGAUGAAGGACCUGAAGAAGAUUGGAGAUGAGGAGGCUCUUGCUGCACCCCCGCAGAAGGCAUAGAGGCGUGGAGAGGGUAUACUGGCAAGAGAUGUGGUGAACUUAAUAAAGCACAGUUCUCGGAGAUGCAACUGGCGGAUGGCUGCUCAAGCGACUUGAAAAAGAAGGACAUCUGUAUACCAAUGGCAGGCAUAAACAAGAGAAUUUACCGCGU